AUGCUGCUUGAAUCGAUUUGCAGAAUCCUAAGAAAACCCACACUUUACUUCCUCGCAUUGGGAAUCGUCAUAUUAAUCAUUUUAUUUCUCAUCAUGCUACAAGGAUAUGGCAAGGAAAACAACACUGGAACAACAUAUUGCAAAGAUGAUCAGAAAGCAUAUAAUAGGUUGAUAGAAGAUAAAUGCACUUUAGUCAAGUUACCCGAUGGUAAAUUGAGGGGACGGAAAGCGAUUUCUUCAAGAAAUAUUGAAUUUUACGCAUUUCAAGAAAUUCCUUAUGCCAUGCCACCGAUAGGAAAACUACGGUUUGAGGAUCCGGUACCUCCAGAAAAGUGGGAUGGUAUUCUGAAUGUGACAAAAAAUACCAAAACAUGUUUUCAAUUCAUCAAUUUCCUACAUGUUCAUGAUUGGAGAGAGUCUCAAACAGAAGAUUGUCUUUAUUUGAAUGUCUAUACACCAGUGUGUGCAUCAUCUGGAGGUUCAUUGCCUGUUAUGUUUUACAUUUAUGGUUCGGGUUACAUCAGUGGAGCAAGUGACUAUGACCUAUUUGGACCAGAUCAUUUAAUGGAAAAUGGUGUUAUUGUUGUCACUUUCAACCAUCGAUUAGGUCCACUAGGAUUCCUUUCAACUGGUGACAAGGUCAUUCCUGGAAACUAUGGCAUGAAAGAUCAGGUUCUAGCACUGAAAUGGGUCAAUCGAAAUAUACAAUAUUUUGGUGGGGACCCAAACAGCGUCAGUAUUGUAGGGCAUAGUUCAGGAGCAGCAUCAGUCGGAUUGCAUUUGAUGAGCAAGUUAUCUAGAGGGCUAUAUAACUCUGCUGUAUGUCAAAGUGGCACAUCUUUAUCUUCUUGGUCGUAUCAACUGAACUACAAAAGGAAUGCUCAUCAUCUUGCCGUAUUAUUGGAUAGUAGUUUCAAAAAAAAUGCCAGUUCCGAAGAAUUACUGAAAUUUCUACGUACAGUUCCAGCUGAAGAAAUAAAUUCAAUUGUACACAAUUUUCCGAAAUCUCUAUUAGAUCAGAUGGAUGUUCAAGGUUUCGCUUUCACUCCUGCUAUAGAGCCAGAUCACGAAAAAGCGUUCCUUACUGAAAAUAUGUAUUCAGCAAUACAAGAAGGACAUAUGGAUAGAGUACCUCUACUCAUCGGUAUCGUUUCUGAGGAAGCAUUCACCAAAUAUGACAGUGACACAUCAGUAUUAUCAGAGAGAGUUGAAAAAUGGAAAGAUGCUGCAAGAACAUUAGACGAGGAUCCUGCGAGUAUGGUUCUUGAUAAUAUAAAUAUAGUUGACGAAACUGAGAAGAAACGAAUUGGCGAAGCUAUUCGCAAUCUAUACCCUCCUGGACAGUUUGCUAAUGAUUUGGGUAAAACUGUUAAGUAUUUUUCUGAUAUCACUUUCACUCGUGCUAUCAUUCGUCAUGCUGAAUUACAAUCCAAUUAUAGUGACGUCUAUUUUUAUCGAUUCUCUUAUGGUUCACCAGCAUUGAAUGGAAUCAAACCAGAUUUUGAAGGGACCUAUGAAGUUGGCCAUGGCGAUGACGACGUUUUUAUGUGGCGCUUCACUGGAAUUGAUGUUGUAGAGAAAGGCUCACUAAUGGAUAUAUUGACAAGUGAUCGGUACAGGACACUGAUUACCAAUUUCGUGAAAUAUUUAAAUCCUACACCCACCAAAUCGCCUCUAUUGAAUGACGUAAUCUGGCCAAAAGUGCGACCAGAUGAUUUUAAAUUUUUGGAUAUCAACGAGACGAUCACAAUUCAGAACAAUCUCAGAGAUGAGACCUAUAAAGGCUGGGUGAAAAUAUACGAGGAGAUGGCGAGGAAGCCAAUAUUGACGUUCUGAUAAUUUCGAGUUAUCACUUGUAGAAGCUGUAAUUUCUUAGUGAUGUUUAUUUAUUUUGACCUCCUUGUAUUAUACAACUUUCACCAAAAACACA